CUGCUUAUACUCUACAGCCAGUCCGUGGUGUUUUUGGUGCUUCUACACUCCUAUAACGAGCACUGGCUUCACACUGGAGUUAAUUUCGCGUUGUUUGAGUCUCUAACAGUGCUGGCACUUCUCAGCCAUGUAAAGACGAUGUUAACGGACCCGGGCUCUGUUCCUAAAGGGAAUGCAACAGAAGAAAAUAUUGAGCGCCUACAGGCUGCAGAAGAGUUUAAGGUAAUCUAUAAGUGCCAAAAGUGCUGCAGCAUCAAACCACGCCGCGCCCACCAUUGUUCAGUUUGUGAUCGUUGUAUUCGUCGGAUGGAUCAUCACUGCCCAUGGGUGAACAACUGCGUAGGGGAAGCUAAUCAGAAGUAUUUCGUACUAUUCACAUUGUACAUCGCACUGUUGUCAUUCCAUGCCCUUUAUUGGGGUAUCUGGCAGUUUCUGCUCUGUGUCGGGAAGGAGUGGCAAAGUUGUAGUAAUCUUGGUCCACCGGGGACGACGUUAAUGUUGAUCUUUCUGAUGUUCGAGGCGAUUCUUUUUGCUAUCUUUACGUCGGUCAUGUUCGGUACACAACUAUCAGCAAUUUGUAGUGACGAGACUGCAAUAGAAUCUCUAAAACGCGGAAGUGAAGAUCGACAAAAGGUGUUGUCAUGGAAGAAGAAUAUGCAGUCCGUGUUUGGUGGUCCAUGUUCACUUCGAUGGCUAAACCCGCUUGUGGAACCGUACGUCAGCAAACCUGCCUUCGAAUACUCUGUGUAG